GCGGAGGCAGGACUGGCGGCGGCCGCCGAGAUGAAGCAACCGGAAGAGAGAACGGAGGAGGAGAAAAUGGCGUUGCUGGGCAGACCGCGGCUGGGUGAGGUAUCCCGGGCUCAGAUCAGGAUCAAAGAGUCCAAGGAGUUCAAGAAUACAGUGGAUAAGCUCGUCCAGCGAGCAAACGCCUCCAUAAUACUCGGCACGAGCUCUUGGAAGGAACAAUUCACGGAAGCGCUGACCGUCAGCGGAGGCGACGAAGACGAGGAGGGUGGUCAACCCUCUCCGCCAUCGGCGAUGGAUUAUCUCAUGCAUUCGCUCACUAUCUUCUGGAAAGUUCUCUUCGCCUUUGUCCCGCCUACCGAUAUAGCCAGCGGCUACUUGUGCUUCAUCGUCAGCAUCCUAGGGAUCGGUGUUGUGACGGCAGUAAUCGGCGACGUCGCCUCGUAUUUUGGUUGCACUUUGGGCAUUAAGGACUCCGUCACCGCGGUGGUAUUUGUCGCCCUUGGUACCAGCAUCCCCGAUACGUUCGCGAGCAAAGUGGCAGCUUGCCAGGACAAGUACGCCGAUGCGAGCGUGGGCAACGUCACCGGGAGCAACGCGGUGAACGUCUUUCUGGGGAUCGGCGUCGCGUGGAGUAUCGCCGCCAUUUAUCGUGCCUACCACAGCGAACCGUUCCUCGUCAAACCCGGCAACUUGGCCUUCUCCGUCACCAUAUUCUGCAGCGAGGCUUGCCUGGUGAUCCUGGUGCUGUUGGUGAGGCGAACGAAGUCGAUCGGCGGCGAAUUGGGCGGGCCUUUUAUACCGAAGGUCGUCACAUCCGCGUUCCUCUUCUCCCUCUGGCUGCUCUACCUCAUCCUGUCCACCCUCGAGGCCUACGGCGUAAUCCAGGCUUCUAAACUAAAAGAAAGGCCCCGUGCGACGCCACUACGUCGGCCUAUCCACUGCGUAUAUAUAUCUUAGCUCUGGCGUCCGCCAAGGCGUGUGCUCAACGAAACUUCUAUCCGGAUACAGAAGCGGAAUCGGAAUGGCACGAUUCCGCGAAGAACGAAUUCUGAACUGUGCCGGGAACUCUCACAUAAGUUCACCCCCGACCUGAGACAAUUUUAACAACGAACAUGAUCGCGUGACGUAUUAAAUGCGUGGAUACUAUGUGUAUGACUGUGUGCGCGUGCGUGUAUGUGUGCGCGUGUAUGCGUGUGCGUGUGUGUGUAGAUAUACCUGAGAGCGCAAGUGUGCGUGCUUGCGUGAAUGCGUCUAUAAUGAAGAGAAGAAAGAGAAAUCGAUAUCGAAGGAGAGAAAAAGAGUAACGAAGAAAGAAAAGAAUUAACGAAGAAGCGGAGGAGAAAAAAGUGCGGGCGAGAAAAAGAGUGAGUUUGCCUUAAAAUAUAACUCAAAAAUAAAAAAAAAAUAAAAAAGAAAACCGGAAAAAGGACAAAAGUGCGCAAGUUCUAGUCACACAUCGCCGUAUUUCUCCCGCGAGGAAAAUUCGGCUGCAAUCAAAAAAAAAAACAAAAAAAACAAAAAAAAAUAUAUAUAUAUACGGAAAUAAAGAGGGAAGAAAAGUGAAGACGAUAUAAUAAGGAAAGUAUAUAUAUAUAUAUGUGUACGCGGUGAAAAAAAAUCUCGCGAGUAUGUACGUGUAUUUAUUUAUUAAUCCUCUAAGGAAUACACAGGUUUCUAUGGUAUUUUAGUAGCGGACUUGUAUUGUGCAAUUCCUUUUUCGCGCCAGAGAGAAGCAAACAAUGUCGCUAAUUUUAUAUACACGCGUAUAUAUAUAUUGUUGUUACGAUAUAUUCCUUUUUUUUGUGUGUCGAGGGAAUCUCUGAUGGAUUAAUUUUCGCGACAAGAUUUCAAAGGAAGUGCAGAAAUUGAACAAUUAUAUAUUGAACGUAGUUGUGCAAUACAGGACCAGCUUUGAAAAAAAA